AAACGAGUCACCCUGUCCACCAAUCAAGGAAAUCAAACAGGGAAUGUUCAUUUACAAAAAAAAAAAAUCCGUUAUGACGGUUUAUUUAUUCUGUUAUUGUUCCACUUUCCUCACCGUGAAGGUCGCCGUCUAAUAACGCCUACGGAAGCCGAGGAAGGUAGCCUAGUGAGCUACAUUAGCAUUAGCAUAUUAGCACUAGCUACACAAACACACACACACGAACUUCCCAAUGGCUGCCCAGUGAAAGUACAACUUGUUGCGCUGUCAAUCAAGUUUCCCACCUGGAGGAGGAAAGCAAAAAAGGGGAUACAUUGACGGCAGGGCUUCUCUUUCACUACAGCAGGACACGCCACCAGGCAGAGGGCCUGUGGAGAGUGACAUGACUGCUCAUCACUGAGGAACAUGAAUCAUGACCUCAGUGAUUUUGGUUGACACUGGUGGGACUGUGGUGGAGUAUGUAACAGCUGUGGAAGACCCCCAGCAGCAGGAGGAAGAGUGUGAUGUGGACCUCGAACCAGAGGGACAAGUGGAGGACGAGUGUGAAAUUGAAGACGUCUAUGAAGAGGCAGAGGAUGGGAGAGAGGUUGAAAACUGCCCAACCGUUAAUGUGGAGGAAGUACCUGGUGUCGGCUUAGCUGAGGCGAUGGUGUACAAUGACAAAGCCAACAUCAUGCAGGAAGUGGAAAAUGAGCAGGAUGUGGAGUCAGAAAAAGGGGCAGUGGAGGCGUCUGUCCAUAGUGCCAGUGUGCACUGCUCUGACAAGACCAUCGAGGCUGCACAGGCUCUCCUACACAUGGACUCACCAUCCAGUGUCAGAGAAGACUGUAGUCCAGAAGCUUUUAUUCCGCCGUAUGUAACAACGCCAGACUUCCUCCAUGCUGCCAUGCGUCCUGACAUCGCAGAGACUGAGGUGGAGAUCUCCACAGAAGACUGCUGCGAAGACGACGACGACGAUGACGAAGAAGAAGAAGAAGAUUUAGGAAGUCUGUUGGAGGAGCCAGAGCCGGAACGCAGCCAUGAGCCUGUCAGGAAGAGAAGAGCUGGACGGAAACUGAAACCAAGUCAGCCAUCUUACUCAGAUGAUCUCAGCAUCCGGAAGAAGACAAGAGAGGGGAAAGCAGGGAAUACCAUCUACUUAUGGGAGUUCCUGUUGGAUCUCCUGCAAGACAAGAAUACCUGUCCAAGGUACAUCAAGUGGACUCAAAGAGAGAAGGGCAUCUUUAAGCUGGUGGACUCAAAGGCCGUGUCGAAGCUGUGGGGAAAACACAAGAACAAGCCAGACAUGAACUACGAGACCAUGGGGCGGGCUCUCAGAUAUUACUACCAACGUGGCAUCCUCGCUAAGGUUGAGGGCCAACGGCUGGUUUAUCAGUUCAAAGAAAUGCCGAAAAACAUUAUUGUCAUUGACGACGACAAGGCAGACAUGUCUGUUGCUGAUGAUCCAAUGGAGACGACCGCAUCCUACGAGCGCAUCCCGCAGCCAUCAGAUGUGAUGCUCAAGGGGUCGGGCCUGACACCCAGGAAGCCCAACAUCCUGCGAGGAGGGAACCGAGGCCAUAUGGUUCAUUCAUCUGCUGCUGUGGGCAACAAGACCGUGGCAGUAAGCACCCCAAGGACGUUGUCAGGAGAUGGCAGCCGGAAUCAGCAAGCGGCUGUCCUUUCCAACCCUUCGGGGCACAGGACAAUGCGGGUUGCCAUGCAGGUGCCAGUUGUUAUGACCUCGUUAGGCCAAAAGAUCUCUACAGUUUCUCUGCAGCAGCCAGCAGUAAGAACAGGGACAUCUGGCCACGCAACAAUCCUGUCCAGUGCUGCGGGAGGCACCAACUCCCAGCAGAAGGUUGUCAUCCAGACCAUCCCCACAAUGGUACCGGCCACCGCAGAGAACGGAGAGAAGAUCACGGUCCAGCUGGCCAAGAUCAUCACAAUCCCCGCCCAUCAAUUGGCUCAGUGUCAGCUUCAGACCCCCACAGAUGUCAAGUCUGGCGUCGGGAGCUCGACCCCGGGAAUCGGCCUCCUCGGAAGCCCCUUGACGGUCCAGACCCUCACCCCGGUCAGCGUGGCCUCGGGAGCACAGGUGAUGAGGCUGUCCAUGCCAACUCAGGCACAAGCGCAGACUCUGGUGGUGUCGAGAAGUGUAAGCGGCGGGGGGGCGGUCACGGUGUCGACGGCCAAUCAGGCGAUGGUGGCGGCGCCUCGCAUAAUUAGUGGCGUUUUCAACGGCUCCGAGCUGGUGGUGGGAGGGGACAAUCUGAAGGCCGCCGGCGUUCCAGUACAAGCUGUGCAAAUGGCGGUGGCGGUCCAACAGAACCAGGCCAAACCCCGAAGGGACCCUGAUGUGCUAAGCAAAGAGAUGCCUGUCAUCAUAAAGACUGAAGAGCCCGAAUGUUGAGAAUCUUCCUCCUGAAAGUGAGUUAUGACAUCAUUGUUACUCCAUACCAGCAGCAGGUGGUCUUUUUUUGGUCGUGGGGAACUUCUUGCAUAGAACCUGGAAGUAUCCAACAUAGGAACACAGACUUCAAGGGACCAGCCCAGAUCCACUACCAAGUUUUAACGUCUCAAUCACCCACUGGCUUUUCAAACAACACUACAACAAAUUAGAAACUUCAACAGACAAACAAUGGAGCUUGAGUGAGAUGUUUGUAGAAUGAUUUUCUGCAACAAAACCUAGCAAUCUGACUUCAGUCACUGUAAUAACAGAAUGAGUGUGUGUGUGUGCGUGUGUACAUGGGGCCUGAAAGAGAUGUGUAUAAAACACACACAUUGUAUAUCCAUACACACAUACAUGGAUAUGAAUACGCGGGGUGUGCCGAAAGUGGGUGUACAGAUUUUAUUUCAACUAUCUGGUACAAAAUUAAAUAACGCCAGGGUUUCUUAAUUCGCCCCUGAGUCAAAAAUACAGGUUGGUGUUGACAGCUGUGGCUGUAAGCAAUUUCCCUGUUCUAUUUUUAGAAAAUGGUUUUAACGCCACAAGAUGGUGUUCAUUGCAUUUGAAGUAACACCGGUGACCAGCAUCCAGCAGCUCUAUCCAGCUCUGCAUGCACUAUCAAUAUUAUUGCUGUUCUGCUGUUGGACUGCUUGAUGUUGUCAUACAUUUUUUAUGAAAGGAAGCUUUCAAAUUUUACACCAGUGUUUCACACAGGAAUGCAAUGUAUUUGUGUGUACUGUAGGCUAAUGAUGUAGUCAUCAAAUUCACAUAAUUGGCCAUGUUGGUAAAAAAAAAAAGUUUUAGAACUGCUGAAAAAGUCUUCUUUUUGCCAGUUUUUAUUUACUGUGGGGGGCUCUGAUUACUUGCUCUGAUCAAUACCUCUAAAUUGGUAACAGUAAUGAUCAGUCCUGCUAAGUCUUCUUAUUCUCUGGCAGACCAGGCGUGUUAAUGAAUUGAAUGAAAAUGUAUUUCUGGGGAAACACUGUAACUCCUAAAGGCCAUCCUUAGUGCGUGUGUGUGUGUGCGUGUGUAUACUAUAUGUAUAUGACCACACGUGUGUAUAUAUAAUAGCUACUAUAUGGUUUACAGAGCAGCCUUACAUUGUUUUCUUUUUUAUGUAGUGUCUGAAAGGUAAGCUGAGCUGAAGUUAAUUUUGUUGUUUUUCUAACUUUACCAAGCACAGUAUUAUAGAAAAAAAAACUUAACAUUUAAAUUCUCAUUAACUGACUGGGUUUAGCAUACUACCACAAAGACCACCAUCAUGUAUGCACAAGCUACACUGCCACCUGUGAAGAAGAUACACUUUUUAGCUUCUGGAUGAAAAGCAAGUCUGCUUCUUUUUGGUGUACUUUUUUUUCCUUUAUGUUUUUUUUAUAUAUAUCAGGAAUACGCAAUUCAAGUUAAAUACAAUUGUUUAAAUAUUUUUUCAGUUUCAGAAUUUAGCUGUACUUUGCAGAACAUUCUUAGAAUUAUUUUGUAAUGUAACAAAUAUGUAUAUAACCUAAUCAUUUUUUUUGCUAAAGGGUGUCUAAAAAAUACUGAAUGCAAUUUCAGUCUUAGUCUGAUGUCACUCAGAGGUCAUUUUUUUGUCAUGUUUGCUCGUGUCCGACAUUUCAUUAUUAUUUUUUUUUAAAUCAAAAAAGAGGGAAAAUACAGAAGUUUGUGUUCAGACUGAACUGUUUGUAUAUUCAACAUUUGAAGUAUAUUUUGUUGUACUCUUGUUUCAAAGUGUAUUAAAGUAGAUUUUACUCAAGCAUAAAA